AUGCUGACCAGAAAGAUAAAACUCUGGGAUAUUAAUGCUCACAUCACAUGUCGCUUGUGCAAUGGUUACCUUAUUGACGCCACUACUGUUACUGAGUGCUUACAUACCUUUUGCAGAAGUUGUUUGGUGAAGUAUUUGGAAGAGAAUAACACAUGUCCAACAUGCAGAAUUGUAAUCCAUCAGAGCCAUCCUCUACAGUAUAUAGGCCACGACCGAACAAUGCAAGAUAUUGUUUACAAACUGGUGCCAGGUCUUCAAGAAGCCGAAAUCCGAAAACAAAGAGAAUUUUAUCACAAGCUUGGAAUGGAAGUGCCUGGUGAUAUCAAAGGGGAAACUUGUACAGCUAAACAGAAUGUAGAAGCGGUUAGGAAUGGUGAAACAAAGCCAGAAGAUAAUUCAAAUAAAGAGACAACAGAAGAAAAACAAGAAGACGACCAUGACUAUCACAGAAGUGAUGAGCAGGUCAGUAUAUGCUUAGAAUGCAAUAGCAGCAAGUUGCGUGGACUCAAGCGAAAAUGGAUACGCUGUUCAGCUCAAGCAACAGUCUUGCAUUUAAAAAAGUUCAUAGCCAAAAAACUCAAUUUGUCGUCAUUCAAUGAGUUGGACAUUUUAUGCAAUGAAGAAAUUCUGGGCAAGGAUCACACGCUUAAGUUUGUUGUUGUUACAAGAUGGAGAUUUAAGGUAUAUCUGAUGUUUUGUGUUUUGAUAUAUUUUUUUAUGUUGACAUUUAAUUUAUAA